ACUCUCAGCAAACUUGCUCUGCACAUUCUGGAGAACUUGGUGGGUGCUUUGGAUGUUCUGGGGAACUCAUUCUACUCUGCUAUAACCACAGCCUCUUAAAGUUUCACAAAUAAACAGAGGAUAAACUCCGGAGAAUUUUUAAGCUGGUGAGAGCCCUUGCAAUUCUAAUAUCUCCAGGACUGUGACAUGUGUUGACUGAAGAACUAACUACAAUGACCCUGGAAACAGCCUGAGAUUUCUUAUAAAUCACAAAGGAAAAUAAAUACCUUCAUCCAUGGAGGGGAAAAGACAGCUCGAGAAAAGGGACUUUGGAAAAAGGUUGUCUCUAGACAGCAGUCUUGUGGAAUACAUGGAUUCAAAUAAAUAUAUUGAGCAUUUGCUGACACAACUGGAGGAACAACAUCGGAAUCUCUGGAGGGAGAAGUUGGCUGUGGCUCGCCUGCAGCGGGAAGUUGCCCGAAGUAGAAGGGAAGGAACAAUGCAUGAGAAGCUGAUACAUGAAUUGGAGGAAGAGAGACACUUAAGACUUCAAAGUGAAAAACGUUUACGCGAGGUGACAUUGGAGUCUGAGCGAAGUAGAGUUCAAAUGCGUGGCCUGCAGCAGCAGUUUUCAAGGUAUACUUUAUGUGCAAUAUGGAUAGAUCAUAUCACAAGGUGUCGGGGUCUAUGA